AUGACCAGGGAGAAAAAUGUCCAUGAUGUAUCUACUCUAGCAGCACCUACCCCAGCAGCACCUACCUCAGCAGCACCUACCCCAGCAGCACCUACCUCAGCAGCACCUACCUCAGCAGUGCCUACCCCAGCAGCACCUACCCCAGCAGCACCUACCCCAACAGCACCUACCCCCCAGCACUUAGCCCAGCAGAGCCUACCCCAGCAGCACUUACCCAUCCGCGGCCUUCCCAACCUUCUACUAACCCAUCUCCCUCAGUCGAUUUACCUCUCCGGAAGACAGGUUGGGUUCGCCAGGAGUCAACACGCAUGGCGCAAGCGAACAUGA